AUGAUGAGAAUGAUGGAGAUGCAACAACGCUUCAUGGAACAGCAGCAACAAUUUAUGCAGCAACAGUUACAACAUCAGCAGCAACAGGUGACUCCUCAGUACCUACAGGGGGCUACGAGUCGGCAGGAGCAUCAUGUUAGUUUGGCAGAAUUCAAAAAGUUUGCACCUUCAGCUUUUAAAGGCACUUCUGACCCUUUAGAGGCUGAGACUUGGCUGAAUGAAAUGGAAAAGGUUUUCAAUGCUCUGAGAUGCCCUGACGAGGAUAGGGUUACUUUUGCUACAUUUAUGCUGCUGGGAGAAGCGGAUAUUUGGUGGAAUGUGGAAAGAGGAAAGAUGGGACAGAACGCUACAUCUUUGACUUGGGAAGGAUUUAAGGAGCUUUUCCGUGACAAAUAUAUUCCUCAAAGCGUGAGACGGCAGAAAUUUCGAGAGUUUAUCCGGUUAGAGCAGGGGAAUAUGACGGUCGCAGAGUAUGCUGCAAAGUUUGAGGAACUGGCCAGGUAUGCCCCAGGACAGGUGGAGAAUGAAAGAGAACGAGCUGAGAAGUUUGAAAGUGGACUUAGAGCCCGAAUCAGACAACAGGUGUCUACCUUCGAGCUAUCUUCCUACAAGGAUGUGGUUAACAAAGCUUUGGUAGUUGAAAGGGGCUUAAAUGAUACUCAAGAAGAGAGGGAAAGAAUUUUGAAAAAGAGGAAUAGACAAGCUGAGCUACAAAAUAAACAGGGCAGAAAUACUGAAUCCAAGCCCAAGAAACAAACUACUGUGAAUGAUAAAACUCAGCACAAGGAUACUGUAAAAUGCUAUAGAUGUGGUGGCCCCCACUAUCGAAGAGACUGUCACUGGUUUAAUGGGAAUUGUUUUUCAUGUGGCCAACAGGGCCAUAGGGCAGACACUUGUCCUAAUCGCAGAGAGCAACAAACUCGACAGGCAUCUCAGCCUAUUCAGGGAGCUCCAACCAACCAAGCAACUCAGAAUGAACAACAACGAGAAGGACAGCAGAGGCCUAGAACCCAGGGGCGAGUCUACGCUCUUACACAACACGACGCCGAUGCCUCUAACACCGUGGUGACAGGUACAAUUGAAAUCUCAUCCACGAAUGCCUAUAUUUUGAUUGAUCCUGGAGCUACUCAUUCUUUUGUAUCUGCUGAUUUUGUUGGAAGAAAUAGUACAUUGAUUUCUUUGCCACUAGAGAUUGAACUGUGUGUCUCCAUACCUAAUGAAGAUAUAAUCUUAGUUAACUCUGUUUGCAAAGAUUGUAUCUUGAAUAUUGAAGGCAGGGAAAUGAAAGUAGAUUUACUAGUCCUAGGGAUGAAGGAUUUCGACAUGAUCCUUGGGAUGGACUGGUUGGCAGCAUAUCAUGCCACUGUUGACUGCUUCGAGAAAACAGUAAAAUUUUAA